UACCACAUCACAAUCACCCAGCAUGCGGACAAUACUACUUCUCUCCAGCCUACUGGCCUUGUUCACUUCUACCGUGUACGGUACGGCUCUCACAUACAAGCUAGGCGCGAACGAGAAGUCGUGUUUCUUCAGUUAUGUGGAGCAGAAGGGGGCCAAGGUGGCAUUUUAUUUCGCGGUACAAUCCGGAGGUUCCUUUGAUGUCGACUACUCGGUCGUGGGUCCCAAUGAGAAGGUGAUACUGGAUGGGACAAAAGAGCGCCAGGGCGAUUUCGUCUUUACAGCGAACGACGUGGGCGAAUACCGCUUCUGCUUCAACAAUGAGAUGUCCACUUUUGCGGAGAAGAUGGUGGACUUUGAGAUUGCUGUUGAGAACGAAGCUCGCGCUCAGCUCCCCUCCAAGCAAGGCACAUCCCCCGAACAGACUUCCGUCCUCGAGGAAUCCAUCCUCAAACUCUCCGCGCAGCUCUCCACCAUCAACCGCAACCAGAAGUACUUCCGGACCCGCGAGAACCGCAACUUUAGUACCGUCCGCAGCACCGAGCGUCGCAUUUUCAACUUUAGCAUUAUCGAAGGCGUUAUGAUGGUCACAAUGGCCGGGCUGCAAGUCUUUGUGGUUAGGUUUUUCUUUCAGGGCGCGCGGAAAGGGUACGUGUAAAGGUGUAUACUGGCUGGCGUUUAUUAAUAGGGUGUAAAAAACGUGCGCGCAACUUGUGUGUCCUUGGGAUGGGUGGCUUGGCCGGCGCGGAUAUCCCCUCAAGGCAGGUGUCGUUAGUUUGGAAACAUGAAUACGAUGAAUGGCUUGUUAGAAGUUCUUCGAAAGCGGUAGUUCAGACUGCAUCCCGGUUUUGGUAUUUUAAUGACCACGUUUCCUCGGGCCUAGUAAGCACUUCGGAGACUUUAUAGUGCUCGCUUCCACCAGUCUCACCACCAGGGCGCAAGACAC